AUGGAUACGCACUCUGGGAAGUCAGAAAUGGAAGCUUUGAACGACCUUUUUUCCAAGGCGUUUGCGCAGUAUUUUAUGAUGCAAUGGUGUCAGCGGGGUUAUGAGACGCACUCCACGUUCAAAAAUGAACUGGACGCCGUGGUGUCUAUCUGGCCGCACGAAAUACCGAUCCAAUCUGAGGAAUCAGUCAAUCAGGAAACUGCUAACAGGAAUUUGGAGGGUGAGGGCGCGAGCUCCCAGCCGGGGCAGGCUGCCCGGGAUGCCGACCGUCUCCGGAAGUUCCAAGUGCUGAAAGAUCUUGAAUAUGCAUUCCAGCUGAUGAUGGUGGCCUGCCACAAAAUGCAUAUUUUCUCGUCUAACGAGAGGGUGGAGGAUGUGCAUACCGAGGAUCUCAAAUUCCUUAUGCUCCCAUACCUGGCGGCGCAUGUUGGCCUUGAGAAGCCUGACCUCAAACAGCGCUUGAAUGUGCUCAAGCGAUGCGUGGUGUAUCUGACCGAAUUCAUCCACACCCUCAUCCGCAUGGACGCCAUGCACCAGCGUGAACUGGUCUACUGGGAGCGCAAUUUGGGCGACAUUGCCGAUGAAAGGCGUACCUUUAGGAUCAAUUCCACGAAAUACACCAUCGAGAUUCUGGGGAGAAUGCGUCCAGCAUUCAACACAACCGAAGGGAUCAUCAAUUUUUUCAAGGAGGCCAAUUCCAAAAAUGCUGAAGAGGCUACCUUGCGAGCCAGAGUUCUGGAUCUCUUGCACCUAUUUUCCUUCGAGGCCAUAAAUCUUUACGAUAUGAUAAAGAUGGAAAUUCCGUUGCUGGAACGCCAUCUGAAAGAGGCCGGUAAUCCCGAGUCAAACACCGUCGAGGAAGAUAAGCGGAGCAGGCCUUCUCGCUCAAAACCGUGGGUCAUUCGAGUUGACGGAGUCUCCAAAUUGGACCCUACUACGGCUCACUUUUUGUAUCAGAAGCUCAUAUUCGUACCUGGCCACAACUUGCCCAACAUAUCCCUGGAUGAGUGCGCUCGCAUCGAGAUGGACAUGGACGUGAACACCAUUGGUGUCAGAGGCGCUAAAGAGAACACGAGAAAAGAUGACAGUGCUGAAGAGGACGAUGGAUGCCGUAGUGGCAGCGAAUCGAGCAGUAGCGACGAUUCCGAUAGGGACAGCGACGACACCAAAGAGAAGGCCGCGUGGGACGACUGGAAAGAUGACCACCCCAGGGGAAGCGGGAACAAGAACCGCAACGUCGGUUAG